UCAAGGCUCAGAGGGGGCGGGGCAGAGAGUGGGCAGGAGGGGAUGGCUCUGGGGUCCCAGGACUGAGUGGAGAGGAGACAAUGCUGUAGCCUGUAGGAGGAAGUCUUGGAGACCAUGGACACUCAGGCACUGUGACAAUCAAGAUGAGCAGCAGCUGCUCAGGGCUGAGCAGGGUCCUGGUGGCCGUGGCUACAGCCCUGGUGUCUUCCUCCUCCCCCUGCCCCCAAGCCUGGGGUCCUCCAGGGGUCCAGUAUGGGCAGCCUGGCAGGUCCGUGAUGCUGUGCUGUCCUGGAGUGAAUGCUGGGACCCCAGUGUCCUGGUUUCGGGAUGGGGAGUCAAGGCCGCUGCAGGGACCUGACUCUGGACUAGGACACAGACUGGUCUUUGCCCGUGUGGACAGCACCGAUGAAGGCACUUACAUCUGCCAGACUCUGGAUGGCGUAUCUGGGGGCAUGGUGACCCUGAAGCUGGGCUUUCCCCCAGCUCGUCCGGAGGUUUCCUGCCAAGCAGUAGACUAUGAAAACUUCUCCUGUACUUGGAGUCCCAGCCAGGUCAGCGGUUUGCCCACCCGCUAUCUUACUUCCUACAGAAAGAAGACCCUGCCAGGAGCUGAGAGUCAGAGGGAAAGUUCAUCCGCAGGGCCUUGGCCAUGCCCACAGGACCCUCUAGAGGCUUUCCGAUGUGUGGUCCAUGGGGCAGAGUUCUGGAGUGAGUACCGGAUCAAUGUGACUGAGGUGAACCCACUGGGUGCCAGCACGUGCCUCCUGGAUGUGAGAUUACAGAGCAUCUUGCGUCCCGAUCCACCCCAGGGACUGCGGGUGGAAUCAGUACCUGGUUACCCGAGACGCCUGCACGCCAGCUGGGCAUACCCUGCCUCCUGGCGCCGCCAGCCCCACUUCCUGCUCAAGUUCCGGUUGCAGUACCGUCCAGCGCAGUAUCCAGCCUGGUCCACGGUCGAACCCAUUGGCUUGGAGGAGGUGAUAACAGAUGCUGUGGCUGGGCUACCCCAUGUGGUACGAGUCAGUGCCAGAGACUUCCUGGAUGCUGGCACCUGGAGUGCCUGGAGCCCAGAGGCCUGGGGUACUCCUAGUACUGGUCCCCUGCAGAAUGAGAUAGCUGAUGAGAGCCAGGUACACAAAGAGCAGCAAGAGGCAGUAGCUCAGGAGGAUGGUCCCACUCCUCCAAGGCCUUCCUUACAGUCAGACCCAAGGCCGCUCGAUCACAGAGACCCCUUGGAGCAAGUGGCUGUGUUAGCAUCUUUGGGAAUCUUCUCUUUUCUUGGCCUGGUUGUUGGAGCCCUGGUACUGGGACUCUGGCUGAGGCUGAGACGGGGUGGCAAGGAUGGACCUCAGAAACCUGGAUUCUUAGCACCAAUGAUUCCAGUGGACAAGCUUCCAGGCAUUCCAAACCUGCAGAGGACCCAGGAGGACUUCAGCUGAUUCUACCUGUAACCCCGUCAGGCUGGGGUGGUUAAAUGGACAGGAGAAAGGGGCAGGGCAGUGUAUCCCUAUGGAUGGAGGUCUCAGUUGGAAGUCUGAAGCCCUUUUCUUUUGAGACCCUAUACUCCAAACUUGCUGCCAGCUGAAUGCUGCCUGGACUUCUGAUGCCAUCCUUGAGGUGGAGGUCCCCCCAGGGGAUGUGUAUAGAUGUGCAUGUGUUCUUCUGUGACUGUGCAUAUGUGAGAUAAGGAACAUACAUUCUCUGUAUGUGUGUGUGUGUGUAUAGAUGCUUGGAGAGUGUGUGCAGACCGUGCCUUGGCCCUUGUAGGGACAGUGAAGAGUUGAAAUAAAGAACUGAAGAACUUUUUGGAGA